AUGCAAUCAUUAGCAGAAACUACUGCAGUGACAAAAAUUGUUACCCCAACAAGCACAAUUCCAGUUACAACCACUCCAACAAUUGAAACAUCCAGUACAACAGCAACAACAGAAUCUGCCACAACAUUGUACAUAACACAACCUACAACAACACCAACAUCAGCAGAAACAAUCACAUUGACAACGACUAGCACCCCAACAAGUACAAUUCCUGAGGCAAGCACUGCUACAACUGAAGCAUCCACUACAUCACCAACAACAGAAUCUGCCACGACAACUUUAUACACAACACGAGCUACAACAGCAGCAGAUACUACUGCAGUGACAACAACUGUUACCCCAACAAGCACAAUUCCAGUGACAACCACUCCAACAACUGAAACAUCCACUACAACACCAAGAACAGAAUCUGCAACCACAACUCUACACACAACAGAACCUACAACAACACAAACAUCAGCAGAAACAACUGCUGUGACAAAUACUGUUACCCCAACAAGUACAAUUCUAGUGACAACCACUGCAUCAACUGAAACAUCCAGUAUAACACCAACAACAGAAUCUGCCACCACAAGUCUAUACACAACACAACCUACAACACCACCAACAUCAGCAGAAACGACUGCAGUGACAACACCUGUUACCACAACAAUCACAAUUACAGUUACAACCACUCCAACAAUUGAAACAACCAGUACAACACCAACAACAGAAUCUGCCACAACAUUGUACAUAACACAACCUACAACAACACCAACAUCAGCAGAAACAAUCACAUUGACAACGACUAGCACCCCAACAAGUACAAUUCCUGAGGCAAGCACGGCUACAACUGAAGCAUCCACUACAUCACCAACAACAGAAUCUGCCACGACAACUUUAUACACAACACAAGCUACAACAGCAGUAGAUACUACUGCAGUGACAACAACUGUUACCCCAACAAGCACAAUUCCAGUGACAACCACUCCAACAACUGAAACAUCCACUACAACACCAAGAACAGAAUCUGCCACCACAACUCUACACACAACAGAACCUACAACAACACAAACAUCAGCAGAAACAACUGCUGUGACAAAUACUCUUACCCCAACAAGUACAAUUCUAGUGACAACCACUGCAUCAACUGAAACAUCCAGUAUAACACCAACAACAGAAUCUGCCACCACAAGUCUAUACACAACACAACCUACAACACCACCAACAUCAGCAGAAACGACUGCAGUGACAACACCUGUUACCACAACAAUCACAAUUCCAGUGACAACUCCUGCAUCAACUGAAACAUCCAGUACAACACCAACAACAGAAUCUGCCACCACAACAUUGUACACAACACAACCUACAACACCACAGUCAUCAGCAGAAACAACCACAUUGACAACAACCAGCAGCCCAACAAGUACAAUUCCAGAGACAUCCACUGUGACAACUGGUGCAUCUGCUACAACACCAACAAUAGAAUCUGCAACCACAACUCUACACACAACAGAACCUACAACAACACAAACAUCAGCAGAAACAACUGCUGUGACAACUACUGUUACCCCAAAAAGUACAAUUCCAGUGACAACCACUGCAACAACUGAAGCAUCCACUACAACACCAUCAACAAAAUCUGCCACCACAACUCUAUACACAACAGAACCUACAACAACGCCAUCAUUAGCAGAAACUACUGCAGUGACAACAAAUGUUACCCCAACAAGCACAAUUCCAGUGACAACCACUCCAACAAUUGAAACAUCCAGUACAACACCAACAACAGAAUCUGCCACCACAACAUUGUACAUAACACAACCUACAACACCAGCAAUAUCAGCAGAAACUACAGGAGUGACAACAACUGUUACCCCAACAAGCACAAUUCCAGUGAAAACCACUCCAACAACUGAAACAUCCACUACAACACCAACAACAGAAUCUGCCACCACAACUCUAUACACAACACCACCAACAUCAGCAGAAUCUACAGCAGUGACAACAACUGUUACCCCAACAAGCACAAUUCCAGUGACAACUACUGCAUCAACUGAAACAUCCAGUGCAACACCAACAGCAGAAUCUGUAACCACAACAUUGUACACAACACAACCUACAACACCACCAACAUCAGCAGAAACAACCACAUUGACAACAACCAGCAUCCCAACAAGUACAAUUCCAGAGACAUCCACUGUGACAACUGGUGCAUCCACUCCAACCCCAACAAUAGAAUCUGCCACCACAACUCUACACACAACAGAACCUACAACAACACCAACAUCAGCAGAAACAACCACAUUGACAACAACCAGCACCCCAACAAGUACAAUUCCAGAGACAACCACUGCAACAACUGAAACAUCAGCUACAACACCAACAACAGAAUCUGCCAGAACAACUUUAAACACAACACAAGCUACAACAACAACAGCAGAAACUACUACAGUGACAACUACUGUUACCCCAACAAGCACAAUUCCAGUGACAACCACUGCUGCAAUUGAAACAUCCACUACAACACCAACAACAGAAUCUGCCACCACAACUCUAUACACAACAGAACCUACAACAAUGUCAUCAUUAGCAGAAACUACUGCAGUGACAAAAAAUGUUACCCCAACAAGCACAAUUCCAGUUACAACCACUCCAACAAUUGAAACAUCCAGUACAACACCAACAACAGAAUCUGCCACAACAUUGUACAUAACACAACCUACAACAACACCAACAUCAGCAGAAACAAUCACACUGACAACGACUAGCACCCCAACAAGUACAAUUCCUGAGACCAUGAUGUUCUUCAAUUCCUCCUCUCCUGUUCCCAGUGAGAGUUUGGUCCUCAGUGUAAUCCAGACUCUUCUGAGUGCUCGACUCACAAACCUCACUGACUCUGUAAAAGUGCCGAACUUCACCUAUGAGAAAACUUCAGACACCUGCUAUGCAGUAAAAUUCACAUUCCAGAUCAGUAACAUCAGCAUGUCACAGAACCCUGAAUUAUGGAAUGAUACCUACAACCCAGUGGAGAGCAUCAUCAACAAUGCUUUAAACACACUUCUAAAUGAACCUGCUGCCGAACCGUUCAAACCCCAGAGCUCUGUCUUCACGAGUUCAGGAAACCAGGUUAAUGGUGACAUGACAUACCACUUCAAAGAUGGAGACACUACAACACCAGCAUCUUUCCUGAAUGAGCUUAAAGCACAAAGCACACCUAUUGAGAGUUUGGUCCUCAGUGUAAUCCAGACUCUUCUGAGUGAUCGACUCACAAACCUCACUGACUCUGUAAAAGUGCCGAACUUCACCUAUGAGAAAACUUCAGACACCUGCUAUGCAGUAAAAUUCACAUUCCAGAUCAGUAACAUCAGCAUGUCAAAGAACCCUGAAUUAUGGAAUGAUACCUACAACCCAGUGGAGAGCAUCAUCAACAAUGCUUUAAAUACACUUCUAAAUGAACCUGCUACCAAACCCUUCAAACCCCAGAGCUCUCUGUUCACGAGUUCAGGAAACCAGGUUAAUGGUGACAUGACAUACCACUUCAAAGAUGGAGACACUAUAACACCAGCAUCUUUCCUGAAUGAGCUUAAAGCACAAAGCACACCUACUGAGAGUUUGGUCCUCAGUGUAAUCCAGACUCUUCUGAGUGCUCGACUUACAAACUUCACUGACUCUGUAAAAGUGCUGAACUUCACCUAUGAGAAAACUUCAGACACCUGCUAUGCAGUAAAAUUCACAUUCCAGAUCAGUAACAUCAGCAUGUCACAGAACCCUGAAUUAUGGAAUGAUACCUAUAACACCGUGGAGAGCAUCAUCAACAAUGCUGUUGUGCUGCCCACUGUUGUUGACCCAGACCAAACCUUGUUCCUCAAAGAGAAACUUCUCUCAUUUUUGAGAAAAGGGGCAAAGAACAUGUUCCCCUCCCAGAUCGGGACUCCGGCUUUUACAGCAGGAAUUUGGUGGCAGACCCGUCAGGCGAGAGGAGACCAUAGGGCUGUCAUUUCGGCCAGGCAUACUAAGAAGUUAUCCUGA